AUGAGAAUAAUAAAAACUAAUGGAGAUUUUUUAUCUUCAGAAAGUACAAUUUCAACUACAACAAGAAAAAAAUUUUAUCAAUCAAAUUGUGAAAUAUUCUUAUUUGAAUUACAUAAUUUUACAUUAAAAAAAGUACUUGUUGAGAAUGACUCAAAUGCUUUAACAGAAAUAAGCAAUUUUUUAGAUCAUCUAUAUAAUAUUAAACCACCAAAUAAUUUUAUCUCUAUUGACCAAUCAUUUAUAGAUAAUAGUAAAAAUAAUGAAUUAUCUUUAAUUAAACUUCUUGAAAAAAAAGAUAAACCAAUAUAUUAUACAAUUUCAGAGGAAGAAAAAUUAUUAUCAUUAAAUUUAAAAAAUUUUAAAAUAUGGUUUAAAGAUGAAAUAAAUUCUAUAUUAAAUGUAAUUGAAUUUUAUAAAAUAGAUGGAUUAGAAUACGAUUUUCCAACAAAUACAUCAUUUGUAAUUAAUUGUACUGUUAUAACAGAUAUUCAAAAAAAAGUUGAACUUCAAAGAGAAUUAUAUUUUUUUUAUAAACGUGUUAUAUCAAUUUAUUCAGUUAUUGCUACUGAUGUCAUUAAAAGUUAUAAUGAAAUUAUUUCUUUUCAAAUGGAUGUACAUGAUAUAAAAACAGAACAAUAUAUUGAUAAUUUAAUAAAAACUUAUCCAAAUAUUACAUUUGGAGCUAGGACUAGUAAAGGUUUAUCUGAUAUACUUUCAAAACCUUAUCAUAAACUAGAAGAUUUAGGAAACAUGGUAGCAAAAACUUUAGCUAAUUUAGCUCCAUAUAUAAGAUUAGUAACUAAAGUGAUUAUUAUGUUUGGAAAUUCGGAAAAAAAAGUUAAUGGUCAAUCAUUUAUUAGAUGGAUUGAUGAUUCAUUAAGAACAAUUAGUUCACAAAUACCAAUUUAUUAUCAUCCAAAUCUUUUAUGUGAUUAUAUUGAUGAUGUAGAUGAGGAACUUGUAAAAUUUCAUGUUGCUUUAGAUAAUGGAACACUUGAUUAUAAUAAACUUAAUAAUUCUUAUCAAAUGCUUCUUAAAAAAUUUAAAAAACAUAAGGAAGAAAUUAACAAAUUAAGUCGUAAACCAUUAAAUGAAAAUAUAUAUGAACCUCGCAAUGAAAUGGUAUUUUCUGAUUUAUUUGUACCAAAAUUACAUCCUAUUUUUUAUACAAAAAAUGAGGAAAAAUUAAUUUUAUCAUGCAGUGAUAAUGAUUUUAAGGCAUGGUUUAAAAAUGAAAUUUGUUGUAUUCUUGAUUUUAUUGAUAGAUACAGAAAAGAUAAUAUCAAAUAUGAUUUUCCUACUAGUGUUGAUGAAUUAAGAAGAAGAGCAGAAAUUAAAAAUACAAUGAAUGCAUUAGACUAUGAAGUGGAAUUAAUGCAUUUAUACAAAAGAGUAUUAUUAGUAUAUUCUCUUAUUUACUCAAAGUACACUUCAACAACAGCAUUUAAACAUAAAAUCAUAAUGGAAACAAAUUUUCUAAAACAAUUAUUAUUUUCAAUUGCUGAAGAAAUGGAUUUUAGAUGCAUGAGAAUUAGUUAUUUUAUUAACUCAUAUAAUUUAUAUAUUAAAGGGAACAAUAAAAAUCAAAAUCUUGAAAAUUUGAGAGAUGUUUUAAAAAUUAAAGCUGAUGAAUUGAAAAGAUUAGAACAACCUGUUUCAGAGUAUUUUAGGUUGCAUUUAUUGGAGGCAUUUUAA